UCCAAGCUCCGGAAGGCAAGGCUCAGGAGUAGGACCAGGAGCUUCUCCGCGCUGCCUUCUCUCUCCAUCAGGCGCUGCUUAUCUGCCCUACUCCGCUUUAUGCCUGCUUUGUCUUUCCGCCCGCCUUUCUGCCGCGCUGCAGGCCUCCUUUUUGCUGCUUCGUUGAGAUCAUCAGUUUCGUCUCAUUGCCGUGGGUUUCAUUCAUGUCAACUGGCGGCUCCUUCCGAGACGAGCCGACAGCUUGAUCAGUAGGCGUUCAAGUGGACUUUCUUGUGUUGUUUGUUUGGUUCGCUUGACAUUGUGUACCUGUCCGAUCUGGUAUGUAGAGGACAACCGCAACGAAUCCUGCAGACGCAACGUCAAUCUGCAAUCGUUUGGUAGGGAGUAAGGGGCGUGAUCUGAACCCUGGGCGUCGUGCGUCUGGCUGAUGAUUAGUGCUAUAUUUCUCCAGGACUUCGAAUCAGACGAUAGGAAGUCAUGGCGAAAGAGACGGAGGCUCAAACUACGCCGCGGAAGUCGGGAGAGCUUAAUGUGGUGCCGCUGAAGGGGAUGCAACCCCUGCCGUUAGGCCAGGCAGCAUUGUUCAAGCUCCCACUACCAGGACACGAUGACGACGAGGACAGGAACGAGUGCAUGUCCCUCAGAGAAUGGCAGCCGGAAGAACCAACAUGCCAUACCGUAGUCUCGAAUGGGACGUCAUACAGGGCCUGGGAGCCGGUGAAGGAAAAAGACUCGACUGCUUCCAAUGGGAUACCCACAAUGAAAGGCAGUGUCCGCACACGUCCCCUUGGCUAUGUCCCUCUCGUCGAGGCGAAUAGGGAUGUCACUCUGCCGUCCUCCAUUGUCGGAGUCACCCGCACUAAGCAACUCCCCUUGGCUCAGCCUGAGCUAACCCAGGAAGAAGACCAGCAUGAGAACGGACAUGAGAGUGGGACAUCCAACGAGGAUCCUGAAGAUGAGCUCGAAGACGAAGUCACUGACGAUAUAACAGAGCCUGAAGUGAAGGAGCGAAAGGUAUCAUCUCAUCACCGGCACAACAUCAGUCUAGUGAACGGAAUAGCUCCCCCACCCACCCAACUUGCGCAGAAGGGCGGGAUUGCCUUCGACAUCAGCCAUCAUCAGGAGAGCGUCAGCGUCAGUCCUCGAUUGCCCCAUGUGCCCAAAGGCGGUAUUGCCUUCGACAUCACCCUGGAUGAUCACGACGUUGGCAGCCUGCCGCGCCGGUCGACAGGGUCAAGCCGAGACAGCUCACGUCGCGUGUCCUUCGUCACUGGUCAGGAAGUAGAGCUUGAUUCGCCCAACUCUUCACGAUCGAAAAGCAAGUCGCCGUAUCGGUCGCAGCAAAACAACAGCAGAAACCUUGCUAAGAACAAACCAGGCUGGGAUAGCUCGGCGAAGGUCGGAAACCCGCCACCGCCCAUGCCGAAGAAAUUUGUGCGACCUACGUUGCACGGAAUCAAAGUGAAGAAGGGCCAAGGCGGUGUCGCGAAAACCGCAAUGAGAGCGUCCAUGACAUCUGCAGAAGUCCAGAACGGCACCGCAGGGGUGAGUCGCCCGCGGGACCUGCGGGUGGCCCGGUCCUGGGAUCCCCAAUACUGCGGCGGGGGCGAGUAUGACACCGUGUCGCAGUUGAUCUCCAAGUCCUUUAUGGCAUCAAACGAGGACACCAAGGAAGACUCACGUGGGUUCUCCAUACCUUUCUUGCCGCGAAGCAAUGACGGUCGCAAACAAGAUGACCACGGCGAGGCCUUGAAGCAAUCUGGAUCCGAAACGAACAAGCUGACGGGGCUCUUCAGCAAGUUGCGGAGAGCAUCUGCUCCGCUGUCGAAGGCACCUUCCAAGGUAGAUUCGAAGGCGGUUUCUCCAAGGCUGUCAUCCGUCCCUGUGAUCAGCAAACUCUCAAGGGAAAAUUCAGCCCCAGUGGACCAUUCCAAGACUUCCGCCAAGAGAAACCUUGCACCGCUCCACUCACUCGACUCGAGCGGUGCGAACCAGAAGUAUUCAAUCGGCAGUUAUGCGUCCCUGAAGCUACUGCAAGAAUGUGCAAAAACUGAGCAGAUCCCUGCAAUGCCUGCAUACAACACGCACAAACCUCGGAAGAUCAGGGACCAUGAGCCGCAUCGUCACUAUUACAAGACUAUCUCUAAAACCCUUGAUUCGAAGCUCAAAAGCUAGAGAUGCUGCGUCACGGCACACGAUUGUGGAUAUCUUUGUAGUCGAGGUUAGAAAUUAGGCUGUCAGAAUCUGGGGGAGGCUCGCAGCAAUGGUUAGCAUCAACAUCCAAAAUAACGCAAAGAAGAUUCGUCUCAUCAAGAGUCAGGGACUCUGUACAUCGCCUGCUGCUGCAAACGUUUCUAGUGGUUGCUACAUCGUGGAGGUUGAAUUUGCGUGGAGGUUGACACGGGAAUUGCAAGUGAACUUCAUCAAUUUUUAAAAUCCCAUUUAUAUGUUGACAAGGGAUGUGAUCUUGGGGAGCUGCAGUUGAUGAAGACCUAGUCCAUUGACAAUCUAACAUGCCCUCGAACCUUGAAUCAACAAUGAAAACACUUAAUGGAAUUCUUCCGUUGGAUGGCGUGCCCCCCUCGGAUUACACACGGAUUUAGUGCUCGGGAAGCGUUGGUGUUUCCAUAUGGUUCAUUCCCCCUCUGCCUGUCCUGCUGCUUAGAGGUGUCAGGUUGCAGAAAAUUUCUGAGUGAGGAUUUCUUAGUUGUAUAUUUUGUAAGUGCCGUAGUUGGAUUUCAUCCUGUUAAUCCUGUGAAGAAUGUUGAGCAAUCCGAAGCAGUUCUAAGUAAAUGGAACAUUAGUAAUUACUCUUUGUUGCGGGGUUCGUAUAUUGCAGGUGAGGCCUUGGCACAAAGCUAAUGCAAAUCUUACCUCGCACUGUUACUACGUGUCUAUAACAGUGGUCGUACUUAGCCUUGAACGUAAAUGUCGCUUGUAGAUGUGAACCAUUAAAUUCUCUGUCAACACAUGAAACUCCCUAGCUCGCAUGAACAUGAAAGGGGCAAUGCGAGGAUGUCACCAUGUAAA